AAAGGCUGGAAUGUUGCUUGUACAGGUUGAGUGAGGGUGCUCUCAUCUGUUGUGAAGCCGUGUUCUUGAAGUUUCUAUAUGAUCAAGAUGCCGCUAUGCAUCUCCUGGAUCUUUCUGAGGCUGAUGAAGAAACUACCAUUGAUCCACAAACAAUGCAGGGAGUCGGAGAAUUACUGCAGUUUGGAGGAUUUGGGGGACACAGAAUAUUUGCGAAGGACACUUGUGAAAGAAUUUCAAUAGAUGGAACGCAGGAUGAUUUUGAAUUUGCUUCAGAUUAUAUUUCCUUCCAAAUACCUGAGGAGUCUUUUUUAGAUGUAACAAAUCAUAUAGCGGUAGUGAGUGGACUUAAGAAUGUUUCAAGCAAUGUGAAGAAGGGAAGAUCUUUGGAAGGAUCUUGUUGUGCAUCUCUCUUGGUCACUGUUGUGUGGAUUAGGCUCUAUUUGAGAACCACAUAUGCAAAUAACCGGGAUUUGUACCAAUUGAAGGACUCUAUAUUACACCUAGAUAUGGAGAAUGAGAAGAUUCGCAGCAUUCCCCAUAAUGUUGUUCCUCCCUUGUCAGUUAGUGCAAGUAGAGGUGUGGCUUGUGUUUUAGCUGCAAGAAAGCGGGCCCUGGUCUACAUACUGGACGAGGAUGAAGACGAAAUCUCUGAUUCGGAAUGACUGCCUGUUCAAGAUUUUGUGGUGGUUAUGCUUGUGUUGCUCCUGUGGGUGGACCUCUACUCUCCGAAGCUGCAGACAUCGGUGUGAGAAGCAAUGCUUUUGUGACUGAAGUUUUUCGGUCCGCCCUUCUUGGAAAGUGUUAAUUUAUACUUGCCACGUGCCUUUCCUGCUUGGUGGGCAUUUGUUGAAGAGAAAAUUGGAGCAAAAGGUAACUAUUUAUCUAUUUAGAGCCAUGGCUUCUAUCUGGUGGCAAUUGCCUUCAUAGUAUUGCUGCAAGCUUUGAGACCCAUUCGAUUGUGCCAAGCUUGUGCUUCAUCUGUAUAUGUUUAUAACCCUCAUAUAUAAGAGAAACAAAUGCUUGGUUUAGAUUAUUUAUACUUUGGGUUGAAUGGUUCA